AUGCUGGUACGUUUCAAGUUGAAACGUACCUGCGCCUCCCACCGCUUCAACUUGUUUGUUGGCGAUGUACUGGCGGAACACGAAGAGUUGCUCGUGGCCGUCAACACAAUCAUGAAGAAACUGACCAACAUCAUCCCUUCGGCCAAGCUCCGGCGCCUUACCGACCUCCGACCCAAGCAGCGCAACCAGACACGCUGGAAUUCCUCUGUGGCCAUGUUGGAUCGAUAUGUCAAGCUCAAGCCCUUUCUCCCCCUGAUGGGGGUAGAAGAGAUCGACAAUCUGCUCCUCAGUGUCCGUCAAGAACGUGACAUCGAUGUCCUCCUGGCCAAGUUGAUCGACCUGAACUCAGUGACACUCGAGCUUCAAGAUGAAGCCAUCACUCUGGCUGACGUCCGUGGCCUGUUUGACGAGGUUGUCGGUGAAUUCCCAAGCGCGAACGAGCGCCUCCGCCCCGGUGCAAGUAUCAUCCAAGAUCCACACUUUGAGGCUGGGGUCGUGAAGGUGCUUAUGCACAUGUCGCCGUCCCUCACCGACCAAGAACGACUGUCCAUUGCCAGGCUCGCUGUGACUGCUGGUAUGGGAGACGACGAUCGAAUGUCGGAUGCUGAUUGCAUGUCGAUGGCGUCUCGUGCAAAAAAGCGGCGCAAGAUGCAGCAGUCUUGCAGCGGGUUCAUGGACUGCCGGUUCCUCCGACCGACCUCGAACAUGUGCGAGCGCCUGUUUUCAGUGACGAAAUGGGCUUUGACGGACCGCCGUCAGAGUAUGCUGCCGUCCAACUUCGAAGAACAAAUGUUCCUUCAUUGCAACGCCUUCCUUUGGGGUAUCGACGACGUCAAGAGUGUCAUGGAAGGAGUAGCACAGGAUGAGUAG